GGCAGCACAUACCUGUGCAGAGUGGGCGUGGUCAGAUGUGAUGACGCUCUAAUAGAGAUCCAGUUCCACAGGUGUGGCGGAACUCUUUUCCGGUUUAAACAAGAACCCAGAGAAACUUCCUGUUGUCAUCAUGUCUUUAUGGGAUGACUUGGAAGAUUGUGUGGACACCCCGUCCUCGUUCGAAGCAAAAAACGGAGAGAGAGGAACCAUCAAGCCCAAAUCAAACUUUGAUCCAGGAGACGAUGCUGUCGCUCUGAGGAAGGCCAUCGAAGGAAUGGGCACCGAAGAGAAGGUUCUGAUCGACAUCUUGACCCAUCGAAGCAGCGCUCAAAGGCAGCAAAUCUGUGAAGCUUAUCAGGAAGCCACCGGCAGAACAUUAGUGGAGGACCUGAAAGGAGACACCAGCGGUGACUUCGGGGACCUGCUGGUGGCGCUCGCCUCGUCUCCUGCAGUGUACGACUGCCAUGAAGUGAUGCGGGCCAUGAAGGGAGCCGGGACGGCAGACAGCGUCCUCAUUGAAAUAUUCGCCUCCAGAUCCAACGAACAAAUCAAAGCUCUCACUGACGUCUAUCUGGAAGAAACAGAGAAGAAGUUGACCCUUGACAUGAGGGAUGAAGUUUCUGGAGACUUCUCCACCGCUCUGCUCCUCCUGGCCGAGGGCAAGAGGGACGACAACACCACAGUAAAUAAUGCGAAAGCAAAAGACGAUGCCAAGACCCUUUACGAAGCCGGGGAGAAGAAAUGGGGCACCGAUGAAUCUCAAUUUGUCGAAAUCCUCUGCCAGAGAAGUAUACCUCAGCUGAGAAAAACUAUGGUUGAAUACAAGAACAUCAGUGGAAAGACUCUGCAGCAAAGCAUCGAAGGGGAGAUGUCCGGGGAGCUGGAGGAGCUACUGGUGGCCAUCGUGAAAUGUGUGAAGAGCGCCCCGGCCUACUUUGCAGAGCGUCUGCAUGAGAGCAUGAAGGGUGGUGGAACAGACGAGUCCACUCUGAACCGGAUCAUGGUGAGCCGGUCUGAGAUCGACCUGCUGGACAUCAGAGCUGAGUUCAAGAAACUCUACGAGUACUCGCUGCACUCCGCCAUCGAGUCUGAUUGCGGAGGGGAAUAUGAAAAGACUCUGCUUAAAAUUUGUGGAGGAGAUGAUGAUUAACAUCGGCAUGUUGUGCUCUCGCUACGUCUUUAUUCCCGUUUCUGUCAUUUUAUCAUUUUUAUCAACUUGAACAUCCACAAAAUACGAGAGGAAGCAACUUCCUGGACUUGGACUUCAUUUGAUAACACUUCAUAAUAAUUAUCACAUAUAUAUAAAUGGUAAAUUGAUAGUUAAUUAAACUUAGUUAAGAGUAUUUUACUGUUAAACAAUGAAAUUGUUAUUUUAUAAUAAGUUUGUGUAAAAGUAAACCGUCCCAUUAGUACAGCUGUGGGCCUCCCGCAGUGGAAAUGUUGUUUUUUAAAGGCUAAACGCCAACAAAUCUGGACUGAAGAAGGAUAUUUUGUUAGAUUUUGCUACUGCAUGAAUUAAUAUAAUAUAUUGCCAAUGGAUUAAAAAAUAGAUAAUGGAUGUUUUGAUAAUAGGUUUGAGUUUUUUGGUAACUUUUUGAUCAAGUAAGUUAGUAGAUUCAUCAUUUAUUAACUUAAUGGCUGAAUUAAUAAAUACAUCACUAAAAAACAUUCAUCAAAUAUGCAGUUUAUUAGUUUUAUUCUGAUUCCGUCCUUAUAAAACAUUAUAGUAAUAUGUAAGUUUGUUCACAUAACAAAUACUCAACAUUUAUCAAAUAGUUUUCAAAGUUGUUCACAUAAAACAAAAUUAAGAGAUGAUUUUAUGGGCCUUCGUUUUUUUGAAUAAUUUACUAAUAAUUUCCUCUAAAGUUUACUACACAUAACUAUGUAAAGUUUGACUAGUUACUGUAAUUUGAAUUAUAUAAUUCCAAUUACUUGGAAAGAAUAUUAUUUACACAAAUACAGAGAAUGAAGGUGCCACCACUAAAUGAAUAGAUAAUUAAUAUUUAGAAGGGUUUAAAUUAUUUUUCCCCCUAUAAUCAGUACCAAAUUACAUAAUUAUUUACAGGAAACUUCCUGGGAAAUUACAGAAAAAUAUUUGUAAAUUGCUGCCCCAUUAAAUUGAGGCUUCACGGCAACACUAAGAAACUAAUUAAAAUAAAUUAUUACAUUGAAAGUCUUUGCAUAUAAAUACUGUAAGUGUAAGGAGGAGACGUUACUGUAGUGUGUACUUUUAAAUGAAGUAAUUAACUUGUUAAAAUGACUGUAUUUCAUCCUUUAUCAUCUUCUUCAGCUCUUUAAUCUUCUGACUUCUUCUUGUAUUGUUGUAACUUCCAGAAGUAAUAAUAAAAACACCUCGUGAAUCAUUCA